AGAGACCAGACUCGUACUCUUCCCUUUCGUGCUCGAAGUCUCAACACGUGCACAAUCUGCCCGGCUCUCCCAUCGUUUCUGCUUGUUGAAAAAAACCACUGAAAAUGUCUGGUAAAACCGCUGAUCCUCUGUCCUUUGCCAAGGACUUUAUCGCUGGUGGUGUUUCGGCUGCCGUUUCCAAGACGGCCGUCGCCCCAAUUGAACGAGUUAAACUGCUCCUUCAGGUUCAACAUGCCUCCAAACAGAUCACGGCCGACAAGCAGUACAAGGGUAUUGUGGAUGCCUUUGUCCGUAUCCCCAAAGAACAGGGCAUGACAGCCUUCUGGCGUGGUAACCUUGCCAAUGUUAUCCGUUACUUCCCCACUCAGGCCCUCAACUUUGCCUUCAAGGAUGUCUACAAGAACAUCUUCAUGAAGGGAGUUGACAAGAAGACCCAGUUCUGGGCCUGGUUUGCCGCUAACUUGGCAUCUGGUGGUGCUGCAGGAGCUACCUCUCUUUGCUUCGUCUACCCCUUGGACUUCGCCCGUACCCGUUUGGGUGCUGAUGUCGGCAAAGGAGCUGCCGAGCGCGAGUACAGUGGUUUGGUUAACUGCCUAACCAAGACCGUCAAGACUGACGGUAUUGUUGGUCUGUACCGUGGAUUCAACGUCUCCGUGCAGGGCAUCAUCAUCUACCGUGCUGCCUACUUCGGUCUCUACGAUUCUGCCAGUGGCAUGUUGCCCGACCCCAAGAAGACUCCACUCUUGAUCAAGUGGAUGAUCGCCCAGGUUGUGACCACCGCUUCCGGUAUCAUCUCUUACCCCUUCGACACUGUCCGUCGUCGUAUGAUGAUGCAGUCUGGACGUGCUAAGGCCGACAUCAUGUACAAGAACACCAUCGACUGCUGGGCCAAGAUCUACAAAGCUGAGGGAGGCAAAGCUUUCUUCAAGGGAGCUCUUUCCAACGUCCUCCGAGGCACUGGCGGUGCUCUCGUGCUCGUCUUUUACGAUGAGGUCAAGGCUCUGCUUGGUUAAACACAUCAACUCUUGGCUUGUUCAUUUUUUUUUUCGUAGACAAAACUUCCCUAACAUCUGUGCAAAAUAUUCCCAUAAAGGAAUACGGAAUACGAGACCCAAUUAGAAUGUUAUCAAGCUCUGUAAUAAGUAAAAAAAAGAAGAAUUCCAUCAGCUGUGUCCAUUACACGAUCGUUGACAUCCA